UUUAAGAAACUCCAUGUUUUCGCUACAUGAUGCGUCAACAUAAAAAGCGGAUGAUGCUGUUAUGUAAAAACACGCCGAAGUGAAGCGUAGUUUGCAGGGGGCUCUGCCGAGUGCGUCGCACGGCUCACUUCGUCUCACAAACCGCCGUUGUAGUUUUACGUGGACCGAGUGGAGGAUUUUUACGCGUAGCGCACGGAGCGGCGCAGUUUGGUGCGAGAAAAAAAAAAAACCAGGAGAGAGGCUUCAGCCGAUCAACUCAACAUGAGUCGCCCUCCACACUGUUUUCCUCCUUCACUUGCGGGAAGCGUACACCUGACGCAUCUCUCUGUCGCCUUGUGGAACUGAUCUUCCUUUUAUCAAAUCUCCAAAACAGCCGGGGUUAUUUUCCAGACUACGAAGCGGGAGUGCAUGGACCCAGAUGAUGAUCCACGAUGAUGCUCACUGAUAACCCUGUCUGAGCUGAAAUCCACCGUUGUAGCACCCUGUGGAUGAAGAGGUUUUGGUGGAUCUGCUCCCAGACGCUGAGACCAUGGCGAAAGCUCAGCGGAGCAAGUCAGCGAAAUGUGGGAAGCCCCAGAAAGAGAAGGGAAACAAGGCAAAGGGAGAUGGCGUAAAGAAAUGGAAAGUGGGGAGGAAUGAGCUGAAAGGAAAGAAAAAGAGGGACAAGAAAGCCUCACAUCGACACAGAACGAAGACGCUAGCAAUGGAUGAUGGAGAGGCACUGGACUGUUGUGUCCUGCUCACCCGUCUUGAGGAGAAAAAACUUGUGGGCAAAGUAAAGGAUGUGAAAAAGGCCGAGAGGCAAAGAUGUGUUAAAGUCAAUAAGAAGCUGUGCUCCAUUGAGAGAAGGACCAAAUCUGGGCUAAUGAAAACUUCCACAGCCGAUCAGCAAACACCGGAACCAAAAAACAACCAAUCUGACGCCUUACUCAUGUUGCCCACAACUGUCUUUGAGCCCCGCAGGAGGAGAAUGGCCUCUCUUAACGCCGAGGCUGUCAACAGCUUACUGCUCUACGGAGAUGAUUCCCUCAUGACAAGUCUCUCAAAGAAAUGGCAACCUACCGGCGAAGAGCCUGCUAAAGAUCUCGUUAAAACUGAACACAGAGGUCAUAAAACCAAACAGGGUUCUGCAGGAGGGAAAGCCGUCCUGAAAGAAAAACCGAAAAAACAAAAGCGGUCGACAGCUCAGGCUCAGAACAUCGACUGGUUGAGCCUGUUUGCGCCAACGCCACGGCGCCAGGCAGGACUUACUGCUGCAACGCUGCUCAAACUCACCAGUGCCCAGUAUGGAACCAAACGGCAAAAGAAGACCGAGUCCAAACCGGGGAGUGGAAGUGAAGCAGCAGCUACGGGUCAGGAUGCCGUUAGUGUUCAACCUGUGUGUGGAGGAACAACGCAGACCAAAAGAAGAACACAUCCCAAACACGAGGAGCAACUAAAGCACAGAAAACAGGGCACAGAAGAUCCAGUCCAUUCCCAGAUGAGCUCCACCAUCCAGGGCUGCUGCAGUUUGUGUAAGACAGAGGCUUUGGAUCCGGAGUGGAAGUCUGCAGGGUCCACAGGGGGGCAGGAGUGUCUCAAACAUACUCUCCACUGUGGCUCUUCUCUGGGAUUCCCCUUAAAAACAAUCAAAGAGGAGCAGGUGGAGACGGAGGUGUCUUCCUGCUACUGCUGCUCCCAGGAGAGAUGUGUCGAGUACUGUCACAGACUGGCCCUCUUCCUGGAGGACAAAACCUUCAAGGAACCAGAGGACGGCUCACUGUCCGAGGUGUUCCACCACCACCAUCACCACCACCACCACCAUCACCACCACCAUCUUCAGUCGCCCCAUUCUGUAGCCCACCCAGCAGCCAUAACCAUCAGCCCGCACACGUACACCUGCUUCCCAGGCUACUACGUCCAUUUCAGCCACCCAGACAGCUCCCCCUCUCCCAUGCCACCCCUUGCUUUAUGCCCGAGGAGCAGCAAAAGGCCCAAGCUGCUCCCAAGCACAGCUCCACAACCCUCAGGGAUUAGCCACCCAGUGUACUGCUGCACCUCAGUGGAAGCCUGCUACGGAGAGCCCUGCAGGCUUAAUGGCUACUCUGCUUAUACCAGUGUGAUUCCAGCCAUCACCAGAGGAGGGUGCUCCUUCAGCCCCGCAAACUACACCAAAUGUAACCAUGGCGUCAAAAGAGAUGACUACUCAUCAACCCUCAGUGACCACCACAGCCCCUCCUCUAUCCCCAUUUGUCCCAGCCCCAGAAUGAUCACUGGCUGCCCCAUUCCCGCUGUGCCUCCAGCCGGCCAAUCAGUGCCCCACGUUCAGACUCCGCUGUCAGACCCCAGCCAACCCCAGCCUCCACUGCAGGUGGCGAAGGAGUGUCCACAGAGUGCCAAGCCGCCCAGCGGGUCGAGGUCUGGUGCGCGCAGCACCGGCAGCAUCAGCUCUGCUGUUUGCCCUCUCAGCAGGGACAAGAAACAGAAGCUCAGCUCUGCCAGCGUCGGAGGGCAAACAGUUGCCAAGCAGCCGAAGAAUGGCCGCCAAAAAUCCACCAACGGCUGGAGGCCAGUUGGCCUGCCCUUUGAGAAGGAGGUUUUCUCUGUGGGAGAGGACUCUAUGGUGCUGAGGAAGUGUUUUGAGGGAGUCCACAGGGAUGGGGAUCUGAUUCGGGUCAGAGACACUGUUCUGCUGAAGUCUGGACCUAGAAAAAAGUCUCUGCCUUACGUGGCCAAGAUCUCAGCUCUGUGGGAGGAACCAGAGUCAGGAGAGCUGAUGAUGAGUUUGUUUUGGUACUACCGUCCAGAACACACACAGGGAGGGCGUAACCCCAGCAUGCAUUGUGAGAAUGAGAUCUUUGCAUCUCGUCACCAGGAUGUGAACAGUGUGGCCUGUAUCGAAGACAAAUGCUAUGUCCUAACACUGGCACAGUAUUGUCGAUUUUGUGCCUUGGUAAAACGCCGUAGGGAGGGCGUAUGCGACAGUGUCGCCUCCCUUGUGGUGCCACCCGUUGUUGGCAAUGCCAUGCCCACCCACCACUGUGUGCCGGAUGACGUCGACCCAGAGAUGGUGUUUUUCUGUCGACACGUCUAUGACUUCCGCUAUGGACGCCUCCUCAAGAACCUGCAGUAGAAUCUGACCAGUCGUGACACAUUAUGCUACGGGACGUGAGAUAAUGUUACUCUGGUUUCAUCGUCCACAAAUUUUAAUUAGCUACCUGCUGCCUCUGUGAGAGAGGAACUGGAGUGUAGGACAAAAGGAUUUAGAGCUCAUUUUGAUUUGAAUUCUCAUGCUUUUACUUCCAUGCCACACAUUUAUUAGGUAAAAGCAAUGGUCUGACAUAAUGUGUAAGAGUUAAUAUGGCAGUGUAAAUGGUCUUUAUCAUAGAUGGCUCUCUGGUGUUGUAGCAGCUGUGUGAAGAACACGGAACAUACUCUGCUGUAGAAAAUGCUACUGCUCUUAGAAAUGUGACAUUUGAUAGAUUAUAUGCAGAGAAGUUGAUGUUACAUGUGAAUAAUGCUACUAUCUGCGUGACAGAUGAGAAUCUGAGGCACACCGUGCCACACUGGUCCUUGUGAAGAGACUAGAGAAAAAGAAAUUUCUCAGUGGCUGAAGACUUAAUCACAUUUUUUGUCACUAGAUUUCUCUGUAAUAUGCAGUUUCUUAGUGUCCAACCUGAGGACACGGCAUACAGACGAUUUUACUGGAAAGAUUCUAAACAUGCAUCUGUGUUUAAACUGAUGAGGAAUAGUUACACAUUUUGGGAAAUGUGCUUGAUGCUUUUGUUUUCAGAGCACUGAAUGAUUGAAUGAAUCCACUCUCAUGUCUGUACGGAUAAUGUGAAGGUAAAACCAACAGCUAGUUGGCAUAGCUUAGCAUAAAGUGGAGCUGCAGUGAAUAAUCGGUUAGCUGUCAUUAACUGAAACAAUUAGCAACUAUUUUGAUAAUCGAUUUGUCAGUUUGAGUAAUUUUUUGAGAAGAAAAGAGGGAAAAUCCUCUGAUUCCAGCUUCUUAAAUUUUAAUAUUUUCUCCAUUCUUUGGUUGUGGAAAAAAGAAAACAUUUGAGGAUGUCUUACUGAGCUUCUGGAAGCACUGAUCAACAUUUUUCAUCAUUUGACAGAAUAAUUGACAAUGAAAAUAAUGCAUAAAGAAUGAACAGUCCAUUUUGAGGCUUUGUGCUAAACUAAGCUGACUGCAGCUCUAUACUUCCUAUACAGACAUGCGAGUCGUAUCAAUGUUCUCAUUUAAACCUCCACAAGAAGGCAAACAAGCAUGUUUCCCAAAUAUUUAACAUUUCCAGUUUCGUGCAUUCGUGAUUCAUUUGGAGGUCUGUGUAGUUCAGUCCCAACACAGAUGUGAGGAAAAUGUUGAUCCAAACAUUUAAUUAAGUCUAAUUCAACUUUUUUUUUUUUUUUUUAACCACUGAUCGAGUACAAUCACAGCAAACAAUGACAUAUGGAAGUUUUAUGACUCCAUCUCUCAUGAGUUUCUGAGAGAAUUGUAGGUUUUAUGUCAUAUCUCUUAGCUCUGAAAAUCACCUCAGAGGUGAUUUUCGUGCUGCAGGACGGACCUGCACUCUGCAGAGAAAGCACAGUUUAGUUUGUUUGGUUUUCGCAGUGUGAAGAUGUCCAAUGAGCCGAGCAUUGAGGGGAUUUUUGUUAUGCCAAUGCUGAGGAAUAUUUUACUUUCUCAAAGCUGUUUGCCAGAGGUGUGAUUUGACUCCGGUGUCAGCUAAACUGUAUAUUUGCAUUUAAAUAUCUGGAUGAGUGUCUGUUCAUGGCAGAUGGCAUCAGUUAGUCACCUAUAUUCUCGUUUCUUUAAUGAUGAACUGGUGAGUAAUGUAUUCAGUGUAGCAUUUAGAUCUGUGAUGAUGAUUCGUUCCUAUGUUUGAGAAAAAGAUAUGUAUUUAUUUCUGUACUGAGAACAUAUAAUUUAUUUUCAAAAGAUGAUUUUAAAGAAUAGAGUUUUAGAUGAAUGGCUUUUCAUUCCUGAUUAGAAAGGAGGUUGAACUCGUCGCUCCUUCUUAGCUGCACUGUCUACGAUGAAAAGUGUGUGAGUCAUUUGCAAUAGUAUUUCUGUGUUUGAGUUUGCUUACCCAAUACAAGCCAAUUAAAUGUCGUGUUGAGAUGUUGAAGUAAGCAGUAAGCAGAUUUGGGGACACAUACGGAGUAUUUGGAAGGAUCUCAGAUGCAGCUUUGAAGGGCAUAAGUGCUAACAUGUGUCCAGAGAUGCUUAGCCUGCAGGACCAAAACAUACCUUGGCCUCUCCCAGCUUUCCGUCAUUCUCCUUUCACUUCUCCUCAGACGAUAAAGCUUUGCCUCUUCACCUUUAAAUGCCGAAUGCUACGAUGA